CCUUCCUUCUGAUCUUUUUUACUCCAAACAAUUACGAUUUAUGGAAUUUACUUUCAACUCAGAACAUUUUAUGAGACAUCAAGUCUCAAAUUUGUACCCCUCUCCUCAAGAAUUUUUAGAAUCUGUUCACGAAUUAGUGGACCUUCCUCAAAAAGUAAUGAAUUCCCCUUCAAAUUCUUUUCAAGAAUUAAUAGACUCUCCUCAAGAAACAUUAUGUGAUGAAACGUGUGAUGAAAUGCGUGAUGAAAUGCGUGAUGAAAUGUGUGAUGAAACGUAUAAUGGAACAUAUGAUGAAGUGCAUGAUGAAACAUAUGAUGGAGUGCAUGAUGAAACACAUGAUGAAGUGCAUGAAACCCAUAAAGGACAAGAUUUGGUUGGAAUUAAUGGCGCAUUACCUCACAUUAACAAAGCAAUCGUAUUCGCCAUUGAUGAUACUUUUCCUAACUGGUCAAUUGCAGAACAUUAUGUUGCUGAAUAUGGCCGUCAAAAAGGAUUUGUACCAAUUAAGAUAUGUAAUAAAACUGAUCGUAAUGGAC